AUGGCCUUAUGGGAGGAUCUUAAUGUUUCAUCGAAUGAGAGAAGAUGGCUUAUAGUGGGGGAUUUUAAUUCCCUUUUGACUGCUGAGGAGCAAUGUGGUUACAACUCUUUUAAUGCGGCUGGCUCACGUGAUUUUCAGAAUUCGUUAUCUACUUCUGAGCUAGUUGAUCUUGGUUAUGAGGGAACCACUUUUACUUGGUGCAGAGGUAGAGGGUAUAAUAAUUUAAAAAUGGCUCGUUUGGAUCGGGCUUUAUGUUCGACGAAUUGGAGGAUGGCUUUUUCGGAGGCUAAGGUCAUUCGUCCAGUGCGUCUCCAUUCAGAUCAUAUUCCAGUAAUAAUAGAUAUGAGACCACAUAAGUCUACUCCAAAGUUGGGAUUCCGUUUUCAACUUGCUUGGAUUCCUCACAAAGGCUUUAGUGAUGAGGUUAAGCAUAAUUGGCAGAAGGGAGUUUCGAUUAUUGAGGCAGCAAAGGGAAUAGGGGGGAGCUUAUCAGAAUGGAAUAGAAAUGUGUUUGGUAACAUUUUUGCUGAGAAAAAAAGAUUAUUAAAAAGGUUGAAAGGUGUUCAUAGGGUAUUGGCAUUAAGGAGGCAAUCCAAUUUAUUUAAAUUGGAGUUUAAUUUGAGGCAAAAGUUGGAAAAUAUUUUAAUACAAGAAGAGAUGUAUUGGUUUCAAAUGGCAAGAGAGGAUUCGAUUGUUUCAGGGGAACAGAAUACUAAAUUUUAUCAUUUAGCAACCACAGUUAAGAAGAAAGCUUAUGUUUAUUCCCAGUUGAAGAAUACAGAAGGAGAUUGGGUUGAAGAUAAGGAGCAACUGAAGAAUAUGACUAGAAUAUUCUUUGAGAAGUUGUAUACCAGGGAAGGGGUUUUUAAUUUGGACGUUUGGAUAAGGAUUUUGGUCCUCAGCUAUCUUGUGAGAAGGCGGUCUUUUUAUCAGAAGAUGUGGGAUACAGUGGGGCUGGUUGUAUCUAAAUUUGUGUUGCAUGUGUUACUGGGCAAUCCAAUUCCGUCAGUUAUUAAUGAAACAUUAUUGGUUUUACUACCUAAGCGGGUGAAUAAGGCAAAGUUAUGCAUUUUUUUCUCGCAUAAUGGGGAGGAGGAUGUAGUUCGAGAGAUCAGUACUAUGGUGGGAAUGUCAAUCUCUUCGGAUCUUGGUCGGCAUCUUGGAGUCCCAUCUAUUCACAAUAGAGUGGAGGCUUCUACAUAUGGAUACAUCCUGGACAAGAUAAAGUCAAGUUUCUGGAUAUCUAGCACUGGAUGGGAUUGGGACCGGUUGAAUGCACUAGUGUCGGCUCAUGUAUUGGAGGUUUUACAACCCUUUUGUUUGUCUGAAGCUGUUGGAGAUUUCGAUGCUAGGUUAUGGAAGCAUACGAAGUCAGAUCUUUACUUUGUGAAAUUAGGUUAUGAAUCUCUUAAUAAUCUAGAUGAACAAGAGGAUAUCCGAUGGAAAAGAGUUUGGAAGCUAAAGGUUACGAAACGCAUGAGGAUUUUUCUAUGGGAAGUUGUUCAUAGAAAAAUCCCAUAG